GCAGAAGAAGCGGGAAAGACGUCACCGGCUUGCCAUUUCCCUUCAGACGAGUAGUUUGUUGUUGCGUUUGUUCCGCGAAUCACGAUGCGCCUUGGCCGUCUUCUCGGCGUUUGCUUGCUGGCACUCAUCACGGCGACGGCAGCGGAUGAACAUGACGUGAUGGUGGCCAUCCCCGGAGGCAGCCUGAGGAAGAGGAGCGCCGCCGGGACUGAAGAUGAAGACGAGACGGAGAUUCAACUUUUGCCUUUUCUCUUGGACAAAGGGCCCGUCACCAAUGCGGCCUUCAGGCAGUUCGUGAGGGACCAAAAGUACAAAACGGAAGCUGAGAGGUUUGGCUGGAGUUUCGUCUUUCGGGAUUUUGUGUCUGACGACGUCAAGAGCAAAGUGACGCGCACCAUUCCGUCGGCUCCGUGGUGGCUUCCUGUCCAGGGGGCCUUCUGGCGGCAGCCUGCAGGUUCCGGUUCCGGUAUCGGCGCUCGCCCGGACUACCCGGUGGUCCAGGUGAGCUGGAACGACGCUCGGGCCUUCUGCAGAUGGAAGAGGAAGACGCUGCCCACCGAGGACCAGUGGGAGUGGGCGGCCAGAGGCGGACUCGCGCGUGCCAGUUUUCCGUGGGGGAAGAGCUUCCGGGCCAACAGAAGCAACCUGUGGCAGGGCUCCUUUCCGGACGGCGACACGGCGGAGGACGGAUAUCACGGCCUGGCUCCCGUCGACGCCUUCCCGCCUCAGAACAAGUUCGGGCUGCUGGAUAUGUUGGGGAACACGUGGGAGUGGACAUCCAGCGCCUUUCCGGCGCCGACGGGGUCCCGUCAGCAAAUGUUCGCGCUGCGCGGCGCCUCCUGGAUCGACACGGCCGACGGCUCGGCCAAUCACAGAGCGGAAGUCGGCGCCAGGAUGGGCAACACCCCCGACUCGGCCUCGGAUAACCUGAGCUUCAGGUGCGCCUCGAGGAAAGCGCGCGCGGACUUGUGACGGCGAGGCGGGGCGACGGGAAGCGCGUCCAGACUUUGCAGUGUCCAAAUGUCAUCCGCUUCCAUACUGACUCAACGCAGAAGAAGUCGAAGGCCGCAAAAUCUCCGUUGCAAAUUUGCGGCCCGCCUUCCAGUCGCGCGACCGACCGACCGGCGUCGGGGAAGCGCUUUUCAAAUUCAAGACGGCCUUUCAAACUCACCCGGGAAGUUUGACCUUGGUCAUUCCCAGCUUUGACCUCCGCCAAGGAACUUGGCUUCUUUCCAGCUUUUCCAACGUCUCUUCUUGCACGUGCGUUGGCCUGGCCCCCGUUUGCACUCUUGCUAAUCAGGAGAAAGAAGGGGCAGUGAAUAAAUGACAGCCGCCACUCUGA